UAUCCCCCACAGCACACUAGUGAUAAUAAAGAAUGUUCUCGCAAGAGCUACUCAUCUCCACUCUCGUGGUAGUUGUUUCCAUGUACCUGUACUUGAGGUCUGGUAGAUCAAAGCAUCCAGCAUCGCUCCCCACAAACUGGCCAAUGUUUCAUAUGUUCCCUUCCCUCAUGGCCAACCUUGACAAUUUGCAUGACUAUUUCACCGUGGUCCUUGCCGGAUUAGGCCACAACUUUAAGGCCCACGGCCCACCUGGGACCGGGAUGCGGUUCUUCAUCACUUGCGACCCUGCCAACGUCCGGCACAUCUUCACCACGAACUACAACAACUUCCCCAAGGGCGCGGACUUCGCCAGCAUCUUCGACAUAAUGGGCGGUAGCCUAUUCACCAGCGAUGGCGAGGCGUGUGAGAGGCAGCACGCUAAAAUAAGGAGCUUGCUGAGCAGCCCACGGUUUGUUGGCCGUGUGGCAGCUCGCUGCCGCGACAAGGUGGAGAAGGGUCUGCUCCCGUUCCUUACAAACAUGGCGAGCUCCGGUACUCAGUUUGACGUCCAAGAACUUAUGGUUAGGUGUAUGUUUGACCUAACCUCCGCGAUGGUCUUUGGCAUAGACCCUGGCCUCCUGUCACCGAACAUGCCUCCAAUGGAUGCCUCGGACGCCAUGGACACGGUCAUGGACGUGGGCUUUCUCCGGCAUGCCAUGCCGGCAUCUUGCUGGAAAGCAAUGAGGUGGCUAAAUAUCGGCCCCGAGAGAAAGCUCCGUGCGGCUCAGGACUUGCUACGCGGGUUCGUCGCGGAGAUGAUGAUGGAGCGGAGGACAAGCAAUGUAGGACAUGUUUUUAAUGAUGAGGAACAAAUGGGUGUGGAGGAUAUUCUUUCUGCACACCUGAACAACCCAUACUAUGCCGACUAUGACUUGCUUCGUGGGUCUCUCAUUGGUACCAUGCUCGCUGGGAGGGACACCAUUGGUACAACUCUACCAUGGUUCUUCUACAACCUCGCCCAAAACCCGGAUACGGUGACAAUCAUCCGCAAAGAACUCUCACCCAUUGCAUCACGCAAAACAGCAAGCGGGGCGGCCGGUGCCAUGGUUAUCUUCGAGCCGGACGAGACCAAAUCUAUGGCCUAUCUCAGAGCUGCUUUGUAUGAGACUCUUAGGCUAUACCCACCGGGGCCUACCGAGCGCAAGACUGUGGCCGUCGAUGAUAUCAUGCCGAGUGGUCAUGAGGUGCACGCCGGCGACACCAUUCUUAUUUCUGUCCACGCCAUGGGGAGAAUGGAAGGAUUGUGGGGUCAAGACUGCCUGGACUAUAAACCAGAGAGGUGGCUCUCAGAGAAUGGCAAAGAGCUGAGGUACGUACCAUCUCACAAGUUCUUGGCCUUCAACUCGGGUCCAAGGACCUGCCCUGGCAAGGAAAUCGCUGUUAUGCAGAUGAAGACCAUCGUUUCUGCAGUGGUGUGGAACUUCGACAUGGAGGUGGUGGAAGGGCAAACAAUCCAGCCCAAGAUGUCUUCUCUGCUGCAGAUGAAAAACGGUCUCGCAGUGAAGCUCAAGAGGCGAGAUAUGUAACUUAUGUUAAGUUCUCCAUAUCUGUAAACAUACUUAUAUUUUCUGCGUUAUUACUG